UGUUGUUGUUGGUGAGGAGUUUCAGAGGCGCCUGACGAUCGCCACUCUGCCUCGCAAAUUCUCAAUUUUACACGACUUCCAAUGUUAUGCGAUGAUUUCUCUUCCCUGGACGUAUUAGCUGGACGUACUUGAGUAACUCGGAUCCAUGAUAAGCAGCGAGACCUGAUAAACAUUGGAGAGAACCUUGGAUGACAGCUUGGAUCACCCGCCAACCUUCGAGCUUUGAACAGCCGAGAACGUUGUCCUCGUCUUCGUAAUUCUUUCAGCUUCAGCACGAAAAACAUCACUAUUGAGGGGACAAUGCCAGGGAAGAAGAAGAAAUACAAUGCCAGGUUUCCGCCGGCCCGUAUCAAGAAAAUCAUGCAGACAGAUGAAGAGGUUGGGAAGGUUGCGGCAGCAGUUCCAGUCAUUAUCUCUAGAGGGCUGGAAUUAUUUGUUGAGUCACUUUUGACACGUGCAGGAGAAAUUACCACAGCCCGUCAUGCACGGACACUGACGCCAGCCCACUUAAAGCAUUGUAUUAUGGCAGAGAGGAGAUUUGACUUCCUGCAGGACCUAGUGGCUUCUGUAGCAGAUAUAAAUGCCGAUGGUGACACUGAGCCUGGAACUCCUACGCCACGCACUCCCAUGACACCUGUAACACCUUCGUUUCCCAUGCCAGGAAGUGCACCUGCAAUGCCCAAUACACCUUCGGCAUAUCCUCUUACCACUCCAAUUGCAGCGCCACCAUCAGGUGAAAGCUGGGCAGAAAACAAAGAACAAAGAGGACGAGGAAGAGGAAGAGGCAGAGGUCGUGGGAGAGGAAGAGGAAAUGCUUCAGCGACAGCAGCUGUUGCUGGCCGUGGCACACCUAGACCAAGAGGACGGCCAAGAAAAGUCGUGGCGCCGGCUAAGCUAGUAGAGGAUCCUGAUUCUGACGAUUGUCUUUCUUUGGACGUUGAUACUGAUGAAAAUGAGGAUGGGUCAGAAACAGAUGAAGAGGUGAUUGCAGUGGCAGAAAAUCCCAGUGGAAACUCCAGAAAGUCCCCUUCACCUCCACAUCCAAACCCAGUCCCCAGCCUGAAAACACAGCCAAAAAGUGAAAGUUCGCCGCAGAUUCCUGGCUUACAGAUAUCUGUAGGUGGAGGGUUUACCCUUGGUGGAGCAGCAGGAACAGGUAACAGCCCAAUCACUUCCCUGUCAUCUGUGCUCACAACCUCUGCAGUUGGCACUGGUCAGGGCAUUCAAAUCACCAUCCCUGCAUUACCUGCUUCAGGCAUAAGUGUGCCUGAAGAGGAGGUUUCACCAACUGCCAGUGUUACAAAGUCUCCAAACCAGUCUCCCAGCACACAACUCACAGCUGGGGUACGCCCUUCAUUUGGAGUACCUGUUCCUGUUAUAACUUCAGUUCAUGCCCUACAGAACAAGCCACAAGGGCCCACCUCAUUGACAUCAUCUGUUAAACCUUUACCUUCCCAGUUGUCAAUUAAUAACCAAGUUGAUGAAGAUUAUGAUUCUUAGUGAUGUAAUCAAGUAUGUAAAUUAUAAAGUUACCUCUCCUAAGUAAGCUAAUGAUAAGUCUUUUCAAAUCUCAUUACACUUGAGAACAAAGUUAAAGAUACCUCUUAUAAUUUGUCUCUCUUAUUUAAGCCUUUCAGCUCAGUGUCCUUGUUAAGUAUCUUAAUAUAGCUUACUGGAGACACCAACAGGAUUUAACCAUUGAAAGAGUUGGAACAGUUUCAGCUGUAAGCACUAUUUUAAAGGUGUUAUAGUUAUGUUUUCAUUUGUGAUCAUUGUAUUCAAUGCUUGAGAACGUGAUAUUAAAAGGAAAGUAUUGAUUUUAUGUCCUGUAUAUUGAAGUCGGAUGCAGAUUUGUCUUGUAAGUAUAGUAAUGUAAGGAGUCAGAUUUUCUCAUCAGUGGUAUUCUAGUAUUAUUAAUUGUGAUAAAAGGGUAUUGUGAUUCCUUUCACUUACUUUGGGAAAUAUAUAUAAUGCCAAAUGUGAGAUCAGGGUAUGGAAAUCUACUUUGCUCAAUGCACGUGCAGAAGGUGAUGACCCACUAUGGUUAAUGAAUUUAUUUUUUUUGCUAUCACUUCAAGUCGUAUUUAUUAGAAUUGGUGAUGUUAUUUGUCUAUGUUAGAAUUUUGAAUUACAUUACAAAAAUCAUCUGAAAGUGGUGACAUGCAAAGGAAAAGGACUUGGAAAAGAAAGGUGAAGAGGAAGCCAAAUAAUUAGAAAUAAAAGUAAGAUACAGAUAUUUAAGGGAUAGUUGUCUGCUUGUGUUAAUGAUGAACUUUAUGGCAUAUGUAUAUUUUUCACGGCAAGGAUGAAUGAGGUUGCGGUUCUCAAGAUGAUACUUUUCUGUACAAUGAGUACUUCGGAUAAUACAUUAACAAGAUACAAUAUUUUAGGUUAUGGAUGAUGAGAGCACAUAUUCACGAGAGAGCUACCAGCCUUUUGAUUAAUUCUUUUCUUUUCAUCUUCUGCAAUAUUCUUUUUUUUUACAGAUAUAUAUGUAUAGUAUAUUUAUCCAAGUGAGAUAUCAAUUGGAUAAUAUCUUUCAUUGGCUCAACCAUGUAAAAAGUACCGAUUAAAAGGCCGUGCAUAUUACUUUUAGAUAAGCAUUGGUUUAAGAGAUUAUUUGCCAGUCCACAUAAGGUAGCGUAGGCCAUGAACCUACCUAACUAAACCAUGAACAAUAGAAUGUCUAUUACAGUAUUCACCUAUUUAAGCAUUUUAAUAUGAAUGUCUCUUUCAUUUAAUGUCUGUUCCACGUAUUGUCUUUUUAUUCAUGUUUUUUCUGACCUAUGCAAUAUGGCUGUCAUUUCUGAGGACAUUACACCAGUGAAAAUGUGUAUAAAGGAAAGGUCACUGUGUAUUCUUUUUAAAUCCGUAAUGAAGUAUGAUGUGAAAUACCAGAAUAGAUAUAUAGAAGAUACUAAUAUCAAAUUUAUGUUUUGAUGCUGUAUAUGGGGAUAUUUACCAGUUUUAAUAAGUGGCACAUUGUCAACAGUCAAUGAGCUUUCCCUGUUUAUUUGUUUUUAUUAAGGUUAUUAUUUUAUUAUUAGUAUUAUUUUCUUUUAAAUUAUACCAUUGUUUUUUGUGAUAUAUACCAUUUAAUUUCUUUCUUGUGAAGAGGAUAUUUUAUAGUUUUGAAGAUGAAAGCUUUUACUGAUCUAAGAUACAUUGAUAAGAACUAAGAUUGGAUCAGGUAAAGUUUUGCCAGAAGGUUAGUGUUAUGAUUUACCAUUUUUACAAGUAGCUGUCCACAGGUUGUGUAUGGAUUAUUUUUCUAAAUUUGGAUUUUCGCUUCAUUGAAGUGGUUUGUUCCUUGAAGCUUUUUUCACUAUCCAGAAUUUCAUGUAGUUACAGAAUCAGAUUUUUUUUCAAUUUAGACAAUUUUAUUUUGAACUGAAUAAGAAGAGGGAAUUGUUAAUAUGAAGUAGGAAGGAUAACAAAUCAAAUAUGAGAAUAUUGUUGAGAAGGACGAAGUGACAGUUAUUUUACAUUUUUAUAAUUAGCACAGAUGUUAAUAUAAAGAUUCAGUUCUGGGAAUCAAAAUCCUCAGUGCAAAAAUGAUUUAAAGAGGGUGUGUGAUCAACAUUUUAGUAUUUUAAAGACUGAUUGGAAAUCAUAGUAGAAUUUAUGAUAUGUUUUGCUCUAGGAUAUUAAAAUCACUUUACAAUGACAUGGUUAUAGUUAACAUUGCACCAGCUGUAAGAGUUCAUGCUUAGGACGGUUUUCAUUUUUUCCGAUUAAUGUAUAAGUUUGUUAUAUUUAGUGUUAAACUUUUUUGGCUCUGCAGUUGAAGAUCCAACAGAGAGAGAGUCUGAAAGUACAUAUGCUCUAUUCUUGUACCCUGAAAAUGCCUGAUUAUAUAACAUGUUGAGUUUUCAACUUGUUUUAAGUACAAAAAUGACUUCUUCUCCAUGUGCUAAAUAUGUUGUCUUGAUAUUCUUUCAUUGUGUAUGUUUCAGUUACUUUUUUCAUUCAUAAUGUGUUUUACAUACAGGGAUACUGUCAUGUUAGGGCAAAUGCAAUACAAGUGAUGCAUAAUAUACCUUGUAAGAUGACAUGAAUCACUGGUUACAUUGUGUAACAAUAUUUUACUACCAUAGAAAUACAAAUCUUGGAAUAA